CUCCAGGAUGGCAAAGGGUUAAAAGCCGAGAGGAAAUCCCGCCUAGUUGGUUUCUACGCAGCAAAAUACAGUUACACCAUCCGAGUAAACAGUGUUCACCGAGUCCUCACAUCACUGGCAGAGCUGAUGUUGCUUGAAUCGAAAUUAAUUUUAACUUCGGCAACCUGAGAACCUGAACAUGGGAUCGGACACAAAGUAACUUCAUUGUCGUUUGGACGAGCAAAUGGAUUGUCGUAUGCGUCAGCUGUGUAACCAUGCUCGGACGAAACGCGGUUUUAAUGUCAGACCACACAAUGUGACAUUUCGUGUGAACAGAGCCGGUAGGUACAGUUGUAUGCUGCCUCGUGGACGUUGUUUUGUGCGGACAGCUUAUUUUGCACUUGGCCUCUAACACAGAAGGACUCAGGCGCAUCUACGUUGGUUCAACGAGUCCAUGGAAGUUCCACCUGUGUAGAAUAAGGAGUCCGGACAAGCACCCGCAGUGGGGUCUAGAGUGGACAUAGAGCAGGACCAGAAGAUUGACACUUUGAAGACACUGGUUUCUAUCACUAAAGCGUCAACUAUGAGCCUUAGUGCCUGCGCAGUAGUGCUCCCACUUCGUGUCUUAUUAACUGUGUUAUUACUUCAGGGUAGCCCUUGCGGUUUUUUGAAAGGUGCCCUAUCCAUGACAGUGCUGUUACCUGCGCAGAGCCGGUUAGAACUUUUCAAUGACACUGAAGCGCUACAGCCUGUACAUGUGGAAAUUCCAGACACCUCCACUAGUAUAUUUACAGAGUCGAAAGAGGAGACCCUUUCACAGCGAAAUACAAGUUCAGCAACGAGCCAUGCAUUGCAUUCAGACAAUGAUGACCAUCACCAUGGAAGAAAAGGCAAGCCUCUGGAGAGGACGAAACCCUUUGCCAUAGUGAACGGACACAGGAAGAGUCUAACAGAAGCUUUGCAGAAUGGCCACCCCGAGAGGCUCCAGUGCGGCCUUGAGGUUGGGAACAGGAUCUACAUGCUGGACCUGGAGAAAAAUCAAAAUCUUCUGCCCAAACCACCAAAUGUGUUCUACUACCUCCCAAAUGGAACAGGGGUUGCUAUGGAACAGAGUCCUGUGACUCACUGUUACUACCAUGGCUCUGUGCAAGGGUUUCCUCAGUCCCGUGUGGCUCUCAGUACUUGUGCUGGACUCAGGGGGGUCAUUGUGAUCAACUCCACCCUGAGCUUUGAGCUCCAGCCAGAGGAGGACGGCGAGUGGGAUGAAAGUGAGGAGCAGAGCGGAGGCCUUGAGGAGGAGGGGAUGCACCUGCUCUACCCCGCCCACCAGCGGGGCCCCUCAGCAGGGGGCUGCGGGGUCUCGCACACCCCAGUGCCCCCCCUCUACGCCCCACCACAAGUACACAGGCACAAGAGGGACAUCCUGUCUGAGACCAAGUACAUUGAGCUGGUGCUGGUGGCAGACCAUAAAGAGUUCCUGAACUACCAGAAGAACAACAAGACCAUAAUCUAUAGAAUGCUGGAUGUGGCAAACCAGGUGGAUUGGUUCUACAGACCCCUGAAUGUGCGUGUGGCCCUUCUUGGCCUGGAGAUCUGGAGCGACCAGGAUAGGAUCCAGGUGGACAAGAGCCCCACAGAAACUCUCAAUCGCUUCCUGGAGUGGAGGACACGCGAGCUGCUUCCAAGAUUACGCCAUGACAACGCUCAGCUGAUCAUGGGGGAUUCCUUUGAUGGGACAACAGUGGGAAUGGCAUCCCAGUCAUCCAUGUGUUCCAAGGACAGAUCUGGAGGGGUCAAUGUGGACCACCUGGUCAGUGUGCUUGGCGUGGCCUCCACAGUGGCACAUGAGCUGGGCCAUAAUCUGGGCAUGACCCACGACACGGCGGAGCGGCGCUGCCAGUGCCAGAAUGAGCCUCGCAUGGGAGGCUGCAUCAUGGAGCCCUCCACAGGCCUAAUGCCAGGCCAGCUGUUCAGCAGCUGCAGUGCCAGGGACCUCUCCCUCAGCCUGCUCCACGGCGGAGGGAUGUGCCUCUUCAAUGUGCCUCAGCCUGAAAUGCUCCUGGGCGGCCCACGCUGUGGCAACCUAUACGUGGAGAAGGGCGAGGAGUGUGACUGCGGCCUUCUUGAUGAGUGUAAUGACCCUUGCUGCAAUGCCAGCACAUGUAAGCUGAUGCCUGGUGCUCAGUGCUCCUCUGAUGGCAUCUGCUGUGAGAACUGCAAGCUACGCACGGCGGGCUGGGUGUGCCGGCAGCCCCUGGGGGAGUGUGACCUCCCGGAGCACUGCACCGGCAACUCGCCCUUCUGCCCCCCCAACGUCUUCCUGCAGAACGGGGAGCCCUGCGAGGGCACCACCUCCUCUUGCUACAGCGGCGUCUGCGCCAGCCUCAACGCUCAGUGCCAGAUGCUCUGGGGGCCCAACGCCACACGAGCUCCACCUGUGUGCUUCUCCUCUGUCAACAAACAGGGCAGCAAGUAUGGCAACUGUGGCCAGAUGGCCAAUGGCUCCUACAUCCCAUGUCCCAGUGCAGACGUGCUUUGCGGGAGGAUCCAAUGUAAGGGUGGGAGUGAUCGCCCCCUGCUGGGCUCCAAUGCAGAGAUCCUCACCACUAAAGUACGCCUGAACCACAGUGACUUCACCUGCCGCGGGACCUUCUUUGACCUCGGAGACGAUGUUUCUGACCCCGCCAUGGUAACCCAGGGAACCUCCUGUGGUCAAGGCAAGGCAUGUGUAGACCAGCGUUGUCAGGAUGUGUCUGUUUUUGGAGUGGAGGAGUGUAAGAGGAAAUGCCAUGGUCAUGGGGUCUGCAACAGCAAUAAGAACUGCCACUGCGACACAGGCUGGGCUCCUCCAGACUGUAAAUACUCAGGCUCAGGAGGCAGUGUGGACAGCGGACCUGCCAGACAGCCUAAAGACUCUGACCUGGUGCAAGUGGCCCUGCUGGUGUUCUUCCUGCUUGUGCUGCCGGCCUCGUUGAUGCUGUGGUGCAUCGCCCUGCACAUCCCGCGCUGCCGCCGCAAGCUGUCGUGCCUUGGCAUCAGCCCACUGCAGAAAGGAGAGUCCCACCAGCAAAGCCGUGUGUGCAGUGUGGCCCAUAUCAAGAUGUAUUUGGAAGAACCCUCAUCUAAGUAUAGGACCCGAGCCGGUGAGCGCAGUGAUGACCACAAGGGGGAAGAGGUCCAGCCUCUGAGGAACCAGUCGAAGCAGCAGAAUGACAUCCCUCUCACUUCCACCAAUAAGGUACAAGAGAGGCCUGCUCCUCCUAAUAAGCCACUUCCCCCUGACCCAGUUGUAAAGACUAAUCAGUCGGCAAGAAAACGACCCACCCCUCCCAACAAACCUCUUCCCCCUGAUCCCCCUCUCUCUCAGGGGAAGACUCAGCGCAAGCGACCGGCACCUCCAGACAAGCCUCUCCCCCCCGAUCCAGUCCAAGCGAAUAGCCAGAAUCCAGCCCCUCCCAAGCCUCCAGUGCCCAAGAAGCCUUUACCAGUGAACCCACCUAGCUUCCCUGCUGGCGCCCCCGGACACCCCCCAGGUUUGGCGACAGGAGGGGCAUCGAUUGCACCCUCAACCCAUGGGCUGCGUGUACCAUCUGCUGGUGUAGUCCCAACUAGGCAUCCGCCUCUUCCCCCCACGAGGGCACCCCAGCCAAGGAAACCCUACUUCCUGGCUUCUCCAGUUUAGCCAAGGACCUGGGAACAUGGACUCCUCCUACGGGAGAGAAGGGGCUCACCCACCCUGCGCUGCACUGAUUCUACGAGAGAGUUCAGCAAAAGCGAUGCCUUAAGACUGCGCUGAAACCAAAUGUUUCUCAUUUCCUCCCUCCUCGCGAUAGCUUCCUCUUGCAACCUGGCCAUAUAAGUAACUUGCCUAAUGGCGUGUAAAAGCGCAGAGGAGUCUGUUUGCACAACCCAGACAAGCUUUUGAAGUGGACCCACUGGAAGAGUGAACAGUCAAAGCAUGGAUGUUUUUUGAAGGGAUUUCGCAUGUCACAUGACAGUCAUUUGUGAAAACCAAUGCAGAACAAUUUUUUUCUGUCUGUUUCUGAUCGACAGUGGGUGUGAAAGUAUGAGAGAUAAGGAAAUGUUUUGUUGAAAAAACAUACAAGCUGCUCCAACUUUAUGUGACUUUAUCAGCAAUGCCCCAUUUUUUAGGGUAAGCUCAGGUCAUUAUCAUUUCUAUCUUUGACUGGUGGUCAUGUGAAGUUACAGCACUCACAUCACUCUGACAGUACCGUGCUGUGCUAAGCUUUUCACUGUUUUCACACGUGCUUUAGUGGCCUAGGCUAUGCAGGUAAAUUUAUGAUCGCUUAAUGCACUGGCGCAUUGAAUUAGCCAUAAACAAUUCUCACAAAGACAUAAAUGCAUAAAAGGUGUCAUGAUUGCCCUUGCAUCAGGAACCAGACACUGGAAUGUCUGCACUGAAGUUAAUGUUGCCAUGGAAAUCUGAGAGAUUCUGACCCAAGGCAGCGUGUCAGUGGCUGUGUGAAUGGCAGCCCAAGAGGAAAUGGCUGUGAAUUUGUCUCUCUGAAGAACGUCUCUACACAAGUUUGCAAAUGGUUGCCUUCCGUUUUCACAUAUAGUCAUUUGUCAUCUGUUAAUUUUGCCUGAUGUUGUACAUUACAAAUAACACGGUGAAAGAGUUGGAGACAUUUUGGUUUGUGCUCUGUAUGCAUUCAUUUCAGAAUGUGUCAAAUGUUCACCCUUCCUUGGUAUCCAUAUUACAUUCUUGUAAGGAUCAUUCUGGGAUUGAUUUUUGAUUGUUAUGGAAGAAAGAUUCUCUGAAUUAUUUAGAAAAAUAUUGACAAAUCUAUUUUUUUUUCUGUUUUGGCACAAUCAUACAAACCACAAAGUCACAGCUAAAUUCAGGUUGUAAUAAGCAUUUGGGAUAGAUGUACUGAGAACUCUGUCAUGAAGGAAAGAAAAACUCUUUGCACUUGGUUGUCAGAGCAGAUUAUCACUGUGCAGUUGUGAAAAAACAAACAUGGAAAAGAAGAUACAUUUCUCUAUUUUGUCCUCCACUAUUGCCAUCCAUUUUUAAUUCAAUGUGCAUGCAGCCUUGGUCAAACAUGGCUGCUAUUCGGCUAUUAUAUGUGGUUUUAUCAAUCUUGUUUAGGAAGGAUCUCACUAAACCUUUCAUGAGAUUUCAGUAUUUCAUGAGAUUUCACUUUGUCAUUUGUUCCUUUUUUCUCAUGUUGAGACAAAGAUGAAGAAAUAAGAGUCAUAGUGUGGUAACUCAGUUGGGUGAGAUGAAGAUUAACACGGACACACACGGAGAGAUGGACAUUAAAGGCUCGGUCUGAAGUUCAGACAUUUGUUUAAAAGCAAGAUAGUUUGCCAGACAGAUGACCGUAUUCUGUGUGAUAUACUUUCACAGAAGGCCACUCGUUUUGGGAAACCAUUCUCAGAGAAUAUGGAAGUGACCACAGAGAAUACUGUACUCUGGCAGGAUAUGAUGUCAUGUUUCAUGAAGGAUGUGUGAAUAAACCAACCUGAACAAUU